AUGAACAAGUACGAUCCUCUGCCUGUGCCGUGUGGCCUUGGAAACUUUCAACCUUCUCUGCAAUACGCAACUCCAGUGGCUCAAAGGCCGUGCGUGCAGGACGAUGCCGAAAAUGUUAGUGAGACUGAUUCGAACGAAUCUGCAUCGAAUGAUAACGGAAAUGUGUCGAGACGUGCUAGAGUAUGGACCACUGCAGAGCGCCUACAGCACAGGAAAGCGUGUAUGAACAAGAACAAGUUGACCCUCGGGGAGAAGAUGGAAAUAAUCAAGCGGCACACUUCAACAAACCCUGCAAUCUUCAUGACCCAGGCCCAGCUCGCAACGAUGUUUGGGAAGAGUAGGUCAGCAAUAUCAAAGAUUCUCAAAGCUGAGAACGUCUCGAAAUUGAAACAAAUUUCGGAUACGGGCGUUCACGCAGGAAUUAAGCGAUACUCUCCAGCCCAAAAGCACCUUGAGCUGGAAAAGCGCAUCCAUCAAUACAUUGUUGAAGCUGGCCUUGGCUUGGGAUGCAGAGCUCAGAUAUGCAAAUGUGCUGCUGAAGUAGCGACCGAAAUGGGCAUGACGGACUUCAAAGCAACUCACGGCUGGUACUCUCGUUUCAUCAAGCGACAUGGUCUUUCCAAGCCAAGCAAGGAGGGUCGUCUCAACAUCGAAUCAAGCAGUGUUGCCUCGACGCCUUUAGAGACCCUCGCUCACACUCACGUGAUGCCCAACUCAGACGUUUUGCCACGGUCUUGUAACCCGGCAAAGAGUCGAGAGCUGAAGUUCAAAGUGUCUCUCACACAACCAGGCAAGCAAGCUGUGUUCAGGCGGCUGAAGUGGAACUUUGAGUUCGAUCACUUUGGGAAUCCUGUUCAAGGUUACGAGAUGAUCAUGACUGGGCUGCGAAAUGCCUAUCGAGAAGAACUCCUCGGCGUUCCAACAAGUGCCUUGCAGCUCAGCUACGUCGACGAGGAUGGAGACAACAUUCUCAUCUCCUCGGAUUCAGAGUUAGGUAUGCUCCUUCAGGACAAGUCUCAGUCUGCGGGAAUCCGUCUCUACCUACAUGCACUUUCGUUGUUCGACCAGCCGCCUAUCGUACCAGCUAUUGCCAAUCCGCAGCCUUCGCAUGCAGUUCCACCGUCGUUUCUGAACAUGUAUCUGCAAGGUUUCAAGCUACAACAGGAACGGCUUCUGGUUUCCAACACAUAG